UAAUCGUAUUAUCAUUUAGUGGAGAACAAUCGAUGGAAGAGGAUCUCUUUUUUGGUGGUGAAAAUGAAACUAGAAUAUAUUCCAAGGGAAUUUGUACAAAAACGAUUAGUUUAUCAAAGGAAGAUGUCGUUAACUUCUUUCGCUUUAGGAUUCUUGUUUGCCAUAACUUAUUUGACGAUUGACAUCGAUACACAAUCGAUUAAUCCAGAGACUAGUUCGAAUCCGAAUCCAAAAAUGGAAUGGACGAUUUAUGAUCUGCUUGGUCGUAUAGUUAAUGGGUCAAAAGCAUCUUUGAGACAAUUUCCUUAUCAGGUAUCCUUGAGAGAAACUCACAGCUCUGUACAUUUUUGCGGAGGAGCGUUGAUACACGAAAAAUACGUUCUCACAGCUGCCCAUUGUAUGUUCGACCAAGGUGUACAAAUACAACCUUGGAUGAUCACUAUAGUUGCCGGUGAACUUCAACUCUGGCAGCCAACCUCGACUGGUCAGAGAAGAGGCGUAGAAAAGAUCCACGUUCAUCCUAAUUUCAAUAGCAUCACGUUAGAAAACGACAUAACUAUUCUUACUCUCAAAAUAGCGUUCAGAUUGACACCUGAAGUGAACAUAGCCCCUUUGGCGGAUCACACUCCUAUUCCAGCGACGAUCUGUCAGGUGGCAGGAUGGGGUUAUCCAAGCGAAAAUUUUCCUGUGACGAGCGAGGAUCUUAUGUACGUGGAUUUACCACUGAUGAGCCGUGACUUAUGUAAGAAACUUUUGGAAAACGUAACAGACUUCCCACCAGGGAUGAUUUGUGCUGGAUACAUGGAGGGUCAAAAAGACGCUUGCCAAGGCGAUUCUGGAGGCGGUAUGAUGUGUAACGGCGAGCUAACCGGUGUAGUUUCCGGUGGAGACGGUUGCGCUCGUCCACGUACCCCUGGUGUUUACACAGAUGUCUAUUUCUACACCAGUUGGAUCGCGGAAGUCACGGAAGAAGAUGUGUUCCUUAAAAAAAGGAUGGCAAUUAAAGACGAUGAGUCAGGCACGGAACAGAAAAUAUUAUGACAAUAAAAUUGGAUCAUACCGACGUAAAAAAUAUCCAGCAUAUCACCACUAUGUCC